AAACUAUUAAAAUUUAAGAAACCCUAUGUAUGAGCAUUAACCGAGUAUUUUAGUGACUUUUUGGGAAGAGACCGAGCAUUUUUGUGGGAAAAAUGGAGCAUUAAGGUGGAGCAUUUUAGUGGGAAAAUAAAAGCAUAAUGUACAAAAGCCUACCUUCGCCCCGCGGGAAGAAACAAGCGUUUGGGACUGGUCUCGUGUUUUGCUUCGAGUUCUGAUUGGCUCAUUGACUUACUUGAGUUUGUUGUGAUUGGUAAGUUGUAAUUACAUUGAUGUCGGUUUUGUGACAGUUAGUAGCUACAAAGUGACCGUAUAAGGGAAUCUUGGAUUUCAAUAUUUGCCUCAUUUGGGUAAGCGAUUUGAGUUCCUGAUCGAGCUAUGAGACGAUUAGCUCUGAAUGCUGAAAGGGCAUGCAAUACACAAUUAACUGGCAAGGGAAUUUGAGCCAGACUUUGCUCGAUUUUUGUUAUUUAAUACUUUUUGUGCGAUGCGGACUUGACAACUCAAAAUUUUGCAAAGAAUGUAUGUGCUCAUUAGCGCUUUUUCAAAGCCAUCUCCUUCAAAAUCACGCACAGAGUCAAAAAGUUCUCCUGACCAAUUGUUUUAUGCCAUGGACAAGCUCUUAAACUGAUUGGAGUCAAUUCAUAUCUAGCACGAUUUCGUCUCUGUGCAAAGUCGUAUACCAACGAGGGAAAAUGUAAACAACGACGUGGGGCAGGGUCUUCCCAUUUUCUCGACUUUGUUCAUUUUGGUGCAUUUCUACAGAUGCCAUCAUGAAUGCUCACUAUGGGGUUGCCGAGCACUUGAAGGCGCGUGGAGGGACCUUUAGUGAGUGCAAGUUGGCUCAACUGAUGACAAGCGCUGCCAGCACCGGGGACACAAGGACCCUGAAACGAUUGAUAAGAUGGACCGGUCACGUGAACGUGUCUGACUUCGAUGGACAGACCGCACUCCACACAGCAGCGAUGUACGGCAGGCUCAAUAUCGUAAAUCUGUUGUUGAAAGAGGGCGCAGAUGCGACACUUUUUAAUCGGUAUGGCCAGAUUCCCUUGCAAGUAGCAGUAGCAAAUGGACAUACAGCGGUUGAAAGAGAACUACGAAGAUUUCUCAAGCUCACGGAAGAAAUUCUCUUAGACGAUCACGUAACAGCGACGUGUUACAGCCCGCAAGCGAGAAGAAGAGGAAGAAAACACAGAACAGAAGCGGCACAGUACAAUUAUUCAAAGCGGGAAUCUUGGACCUCGACGGAAAACUCCCUGGAAAUACGCCGUCAUGGCGGGUACAGCGUAAAUAACAGUGUUCACUCUUCAAAAGAAAUAAUCAACUUAGCGGACGUACGAGCGCCGCUUGAAGCGAAUGCCAAAUCCCGGCCUCCUCUACUACAUCUUAGUACGCAAUCUAUUUCUGGUCUCAGCGCACAAGCUAGAGAGAUGGCAGGAGGACAGCCGGAUUACGUCUGAGAAAGCCGGAAGGUGAGGCAUCCGAAGAACAACGUGACGAACAGUCUUUGAAGUCACUCCACGAAGAGCAGAUACAAGAUGGGAUGCGACAGAUUCUUCAGACAAUGUUGCGAGCUUCCAGAUCUGCGCAGAUAGAGACCUCUUGUAAGGUUAAAGGCCUGUCCAAACGGGAAAUGUUUGACGACCAAACAUCAUAAAACAUUGUUUGGUGACCAAAC